AGCCGGACACAUUUUGUAGUUGCACACAGCACAAAGCGAAACUGUUUACAAACACAAAGUUAGUGACGGUGACUAAAAUCACCUACAGCAGGGCUUCGCUGUUUUCUCGACAGUGGAAGACAAAGUGUGAAUGGAUUCGUAUAAGCCUGUGACCUUAUAAGAGAGGUCAAAAGAGACGGUCAAGAUGGUGGAGGAGGUUGGAAAGCUUCCGCUUCUGCGCCUGGAGCCCCCCAUUCAGAAAUUCAUUAAAGUGGCCAUUCCCACUGACCUGGAGAGACUGCACCAGCACAAACACAACAUAGAAAAGUUUCAGAGAAACAGUCAGUGGGAUAAACUCCACCAAGAGCACAUCAACUCCAGCCGCACUGUCCAGCAGUUGCGAUUAAACCUUCGGGAGAUGGAGAAGUUGUGUGGGCGGGUCCGCAGUGCUGAUGCUGAAGCUCUGGAGAAACUUGUUCAGCCAAUCAAAGAUCGAGCCUACACUGCCAUUCAGGAGUUCCUCCGGAUUCACUCGAAUGCAAUCAGUAGGCCGGAUGCUCCAACUAUUGGUGCAGACUCUCACAAAAAUACCAGCACUGCCUCGGAUACGUUGCACAGAGACUGUGAUACAGGUGUACCUGGUUCUCCUGUCACCCAAACACAGCUGCUCCUGCCUGAAAUCCCUCCAGAACAGAACGCCGCUGAGUCCUGGGAUUCUUUAGCUGAGGACCUACUGGAGCUGAAUGGUUUAGUAAAUGAGUUUGCUACUCUUGUUCAUACUCAGCAGGAGAAGAUUGACAGCAUUGAGGCCAAUGUUAGCAUAGCAGCUGCUAAUGUGGAGGAGGGGACUCAGAGCCUAGGAAAGGCGGCUCGUUUGAAGAUGGCGGUUUUGCCCGUGGCGGGUGCAGUGGUGGGGGGAGUGCUAGGAGGGCCGCUGGGACUCUUAGCGGGAUUUAAAGUGGCGGGGGUCGCUGCUGCUGUGGGGGGUGGACUGCUUGGUUUUGCCGGAGGCAACCUGAUCCAACGGAAGAAGAAAGAAAGUAUCGCCCUGCAGCUACAACAGCUUAAGAGCAACAACAACAGUAAGAACGACACUCAGUGACACUCGAGCACAUUUGUUUUUGUAGAGGAGGCCGCGAGACGGCGGAGUUGGCUACCCACGCGUAUUUUGAAAUAAACACCAGACGCUCAAUGCAAAUAAAACAACCACAACUGCAGAAUAACUCCUACACGCAGUGCAAACAUGCAUAUGCGACAUGCUACAAUGAGUGGACUUGCUAAUUUUCCUUUUGCCUUAAUUCAUCAUUCAUUUCUAUGCCAAAGCGAACAAGGCCUUAUUCCAUCAUCUGAGAUCCUGUCGAUCAGCUGAUCAACCUUUGUAGCGGUAAUGUGACUGUAGGUGUUAGAGGUGGUUAGAGAUCAUAGAUGAUUGUUGUAUAAGAGUGUGAACUACAGUAUAUAACAUCAUGAUUUGUUAUGCAUACUGAGGAUGUGCAGUAG